AUGGCAGGAGAGGCCGCAGCAAAGGGAACCAUGGGCAUUUUCAUCGUCUUCGUGCUCUCCCGUGCGUUGCAUCCCAUGGUGAUCGACUACUCCAAGGAGGACGGAAAGAUGCUCUAUUCCAAGAACUCUCCUGCGAUCAUGAGCCAGCUCUUAUUUAUGCUCUUCGUGAACUUCUUGGCUUGGCAGGAGGAGGGAAUGAAGGGUGUGAAAGCAUGCUGGCAAAUUCCCAAGGGUGCUUCAAUUUUCAUCGUCAUUGGUCUUUGGUAUGCCUUCGGUGACUUCUUGGAAAUGCUUUCCAUGGGUGCCAUGACGGGUGGUGUCUACCAGCUUUUGCUCCAAUCUAAGCUCUUGAUUACCGCCGUGAUGAUGAAGCAGCUGAAAGGAACUACCCAGAGCGACCUCCAGUGGAAUGUGCUGAUUGCAGCCACCUUGGCCAUCAGCGCCUUUGUCAUGGUUGACUCCGGCAGCUCCGAUGGCGAGUCUGGCAUUCCUUUGAUGGGUGUCGCCAUGGUUCUUUUCAAAGUCGGCGUUUCUUGCUAUGCUGCCGUGCUCUCAGAUGCCAAAUUGAAGGGCUUCAGCAACAUGUCCAUGUCGGCCAAGCUUUCCUUGAUGUCUCUUUCUCGUGUGAUUGCUUCCGUGGGCAUUGCUGCCGUCAUGGAACCAAGCGUGCAGCCCUCCUACCAGUGGAGUGCGGCUGGAUUCUUUGAUCACUGGACGUUGGCCACCUGGGUUGUGACCUUGUCCUUCACCUCAAAGUCUUUGAUCACUUUGUACCUGCUAAAGUCUUUGGACGGCAUUCAGAAGAACGUGGGCGAGGCUCUGGCUGUGAUCGUGAUCUUCUUGGGACAGAUCGCAGCAGGCUCCUCCGUCUUCAACCUGUGCGCCUUCCUCUUGGCCUGCUUGGUGGUCAUCCUCGUGCGCAUCUAUGGACUGGCCGGCAAGGUGAAGGCUGCUGCCAAGCCUGCAGCUAACACAGCGGUCUUGGAUGUGAAAGGACAGAACCUCAAGGUGACAGAGAUCAAGAACACCAACUCCCCAGUCUAG